ACUCUUUCAUUUCAGUACAUCUGUCUAUGCAAACACUACCCACAAAACCCCUGCAGUCUACCCUCUCUGAUGGAAAGCAGGGAAAACCUUAGGAGGAGACACUGAUUUCAUGGGCUGAAGUCCAUGGUCCUUGACUUUACUGAGGGAUGGAUGUGAUCCAGAAAUGGAAUGGCCAUAUCUGUCUGUCAGUGAAAAGAAACAUUCUGUUGGAAGAGUCCUCUGAGAGUCAGUGUUUUGAAUAUUGAACUUCCUCUUUUAAAUAACUUCCUUAUCGUUUCUCCUACAAACCAUAGUUUAUAAGUGAACAGUUUAAGUCUUGACAGAAAACUGAGAAUAAAAGUGAUAUUGGAGCACUGACCCAAGAGGCUGACUCAACUGGAGAUCAUGGCUUUUGACGGUACUUGGAAGAUAGACCGGAAUGAGAACUAUGACAAGUUCAUGGAAAAAAUGGGUAUUAAUAUGGUGAAAAGGAAGCUUGCAGCUCAUGACAAUUUGAAACUUACUAUUACACAAGAGGGAAAUAAAUUCACCGUCAAAGAAGCGAGCGCUUUUCGUACCAUUGAGAUUGUUUUUGAGCUUGGUGUCACUUUUAAUUACAGCCUAGCAGAUGGAACUGAACUCAGUGGUACUUGGAACCUAGAGGGAAAUAAACUUGUUGGAAAAUUCAAACGGACAGACAAUGGAAAUGCACUGAAUGCUGUCCGAGAAAUUAUAGGUGGUGAACUGGUUCAGACUUACACAUAUGAAGGAGUAGAAGCCAAGAGGAUCUUCAAAAAGGAAUGAGCUUUGUUUUUGGAGCACAGCUCAGAACACAAAAUGAAUGGAAAAUCUAUAUUGUACUAAAACCGUUUUUCUCUCCUGAUUAGUCCUUUUGUAAACAUAACCAGUGACUCACAUUUCUAAUCUUACCAAGGCAAAACAAGUAAAAGCUAAUUAGGAUUCAAUUGUUUUACAUUCCCUAAGAUGUACAUUUAUUGCUGUAUUGGUGUUCUAAAAGAAUUGGUGACUUUUUUUAACACAGAUAAAUAAACUUUGCUUCCACAA